GUGACGCAGGCGGCGUUACCGUCUCCAAGGAGCGGUCCAGGGCACCGGUUUCAAAGUCGUAGGGCGGGCCGGGUGGACUUCCGCAGUUGGCCCCGGGUUUCCCCGCGGUCCUGAAGUCAACGCCCCCCCCCACCCCGAAACGCUCCUUCAAGGACGCCUCCACCCGGCCUCCUGGCUGGCUUCCUUGGCUCUCUCCUAAGUGGCCCGACACGACCCCGAGUGACCUGCGGGACGUCUAUAUCCACCCGCGUCUCCUUUUUACCCGGCUGGGAUUCGAAUGAACGUGGAACAAAAUUCACUUGGCGGGUCCCCAGCAAACCUGAAACCUGAAGUCUGUCGCCUGAGCGAGGAGGGGCUCGGCUGGGACUCAGGAGAAGGCUCGGCGGGGCUGUUGACGCCGCGUGAGUAGGAUACUGAUUACACUGCUGAGUGCUUGACAACCUCCAGCGUUGCUUUAGUUUAGCUUUCCCGGACAGCGAGCUCUCUGGGGGUUUUUUGUUUUUGUUUUUUAAGAAAGUGAAGGUGGUAAAAGCUCCAGACUGAAAUUGUAUCGAAAUGGCCACGGAAAUCGACUUUCUGAGAGAUCAAAAUCAACGACUAAAUGAAGUGCUUAGGCGAUAUCAAAUGGAAGAUUUUUCCAAAUAUUCAUUGGUACAGAAAGCUGUCUUCAAAGGAGGUGGAGAUGACACAUUAGAAAACACACUAGUUGACCAAAGCUUUUUAGCUCCUCUUAUUAUUGAGUAUGAUAAACAUCUGGAAGAACUAAAUGGGCAGCUGAAAUAUUACCAGAAACAGAUGGGUGAGAUGAAACUACAACUUGAAAAUGUCAUCAAGGAAAAUGAAAGGUUGCACAGUGAAUUAAAAGAUGCUGUUGAAAAGCAACUGGAGACCCUUCCCUUUGGCACAGAUAUGGGAAAUGAUAUAUAUGCAGAUGAUGAAACAGUCAGGAAUCUUCAAGAACAAUUACAACUAGCCAAUCAAGAAAAAACUCAGGCUGUGGAACUCUGGCAGACUGCUUCUCAGGAGUUGGACAGACUUCAGAGACUUUACCAGGAAUAUAUGACUGAGGCCCAGAUUCAUGUAGUUGAAAGUCAAAAACAAAAGGAUCAACUGACCAAUUUUCAACAACUGACCAAGCAACUUUAUGUUGCUAAUGAGAACAUAGAAAUGACUAACCAACACUUUCUGAAAACAGUAACUGAACAAAAUGUGGAAAUUGAGCAACUCCGAAAACAACUUAGGCAAGCCAAGUUAGAUCUGAGAAGUGCAGCAGCAAAAGUGGAUGAGUUAACCAAAGUAACUGAAGAUCUUCAAGGACAGAUGCAAAAGAAGGAGGAGGAUAUGUUGUCUGCCCAGGGAAGAGAGGAAGCAUCAGAUAGGCGUUUACAGCAGUUACAAUCUAGUAUAAAACAAUUAGAAACAAGACUCUCUGUAGCAAUGCAAGAAGCCACUCAAUUAAGAGCACAAAAAACACAUUUGGAAAAACAGACCAGAGAAUUACAAGCAAAGUGCAAUGAAUUAGAAAAUGAAAAAUAUGAAGCUAUUGUAAGAGCCAGAAAUAGCAUGCAGCUCUUAGAAGAAGCUAACCUUCAAAAAAAUCAGGCUCUACUUGAGGAGAAGCAAAAAGAAGAAGAUAUAGAGAAAAUGAAAGAAACAGUGUCUCGGCUUGUGCAAGAUGUUACCCUAAGAACCAGGAAGGAAGUUGCAAGCACAAGAAAACAGUAUAAUGUACAGAUUUCUCGACUAACAGAAGAACUUUCAGCCCUUCAAAUGGAGUGUGCUGAAAAACAAAGCCAAAUUGAACGAGCCAUUAGGGAGAAAAAAGCAGUGGAAGAAGAACUAGAAAAGAUUUACCAUGAAGGCAGAGUAAAUGAAAGUGAUUACAGAAAACUAGAGGAAAUGCACCAAAGAUGCCUGGUUGCAGAGCGUUCAAAAGACGAUCUUCAGCUAAGACUUAAGACAGCAGAAAAUAAAAUAAAACAACUUGAAAUAAAUUCCUCAGAAGAGAUAUCACGUUGCCAAGAAAUGAUUCAGAAACUUCAAAACUUAUUGGAGUCUGAGAGAGAAAACUGUGGAUUUGUCAGUGAACAAAGGCUGAAACUUCAGCAAGAAAAUGAACAGUUACAGAAAGAGACUGAGGAUUUAAGAAAGAUUGCUCUUGAAGCUCAAAAAAAAGCCAAAUUAAAGAUCAGUACAAUGGAACAUGAAUUUUCAAUAAAGGAACAUGGAUUUGAAGUUCAACUAAGAGAGAUGGAAGACAGUAAUCGAAAUUCCACUGUUGAACUGAGACAUCUCUUAGUGACUCAACAGAAGGUGGCCAAUAGGUGGAAAGAAGAAACAAAGAAACUUACUGAAAGUGCAGAGAUUAGAAUCAGUAAUCUCAAGUCCCUUAGACGAAGGCCAAGAGGAUGUACAUAUGGAUGUGUAACAGACUCCUUUUAAACGUGUAGAUGCAUGGGAAAGGGCACCAGCUUCUCCUGUAGGUCAUCUACGGCAGUAGUUGGAGAUGGUGAGAGAUAAAUGAAAACAGGGUUCUAGUUUGUCCUUACAGUUGCUUCCGUUCAUAUCUAGCUUUUCUUCAUGACAUCUAGUUUAGCUGGCCCAUAGUGACUUUGGACUUAACACCAGAUGCAGAAACAACUGCAUUGCAUUGGCUUUUCUACCAGCUCCCACAGGUGUGUCACACCUAAUUCCCAAAAUAAAUCCCAUAUUCUGUAUCACUCAGUGUAGCUCUGUUUUCCUGAAUAAACCCUGAUACAUAUAGGAAUUGGUUUCAAUUACAGAAGUAGUUCCAGAAGAAUAUAACCUCAUGAAUGGGUACUCUAACUGGAUCUGGAUUAUCUGGAAUUGAUUCUCUGCUUUGAUUAGAUUUAAAGGCCACUGGUAAAGGGUGCACUGGUAAUCCAUGCUAUGCAAUGGCAAAGCAGUUACUUAAAUUACCACCUAUAUAAUCAAGUGCCUAUAAAGAAUAAGGUGUGUAAAGUUUUUUUGAUGGAGAAAACUGACAAACCAGAGACUCAGGAAAUAGUUGCAGGUUGCAGUUUGAGUCCAGAGACAUUCAGGCUGGAGACCUGAAGAGCCAUUGUUACCAUUCAAGUCCAAAAGUGGUCUACUGCAGAAUUUCCUCUUGCUUGGGGGAAGUCAGCUUUUUGUUCUAUGAGGCCAUCAACUAGUUGUAUGGGGCCCACCCACAUCAUGAAAGGUAUUCUGCUUUAUUCCAAGUCCAGUGAUUUAAAUGUAAAUUUUACCUAAAACACUCUCACAGACACAUCCAGAAUAAUGCUUGAUUAAACAUCUGGGCACCAUGGCCCAGACAAAUUGACACAUAAAAUUAACCAUCACACUCUCCAUUUUACACAUGAGAAAACUCUAGACUUUGAAAAAUUUAUACAGAUCCAUAAUUCAUUGUCUGCAAUUUUAAAUUUGAAAAAAAAAAACCCCGAAAACAGACUUUUCCAAAGUUAACUGCCUAUACUUUGGUGGCAAACCUGACUUGAACUGACAGGAGGCUAUUUAUGGUAUAGGUAUAUCUGUGUGUGCACACACAUAUAUGCAUGUGUAUACAGAUACACAUAAACAUUUAUUAUGCCUAUUCACAUGUUUUACUGAGAAAUAUUUAUGACUACUGUAAUCUCCGUCCUACUCUAAACCCUUAAAAUACUGUUCUUGGCUGUGUUAGGCUUUGCUAUAUUAUACAUGUAACUUGUACACACGAGCUAAUUAUUCCCAGUAGGUUAUUGAUAGUGAAUGUGUUUUAUUUCAGUUUGUAUUCUCUGAAGUAUCAAAGUACGUUGCCAAAAGGAAGCACAUAGAAUGUUGAAUAUAAUUGUCUUGAGUCUGUCAAAAUACUUUUAACACAACCCUGUCUAUUGCUUUCAUCUGGGCUAGAAAGAUUGUUAAGGUUCUUUACAACUUGUGACUUCAGGAAUAGUACUUGAUUUUUUUAAAAAUAAUUCACCCCAGUUAUAUACUCAUUAUCAAGGAAUUUUUACAUGAUUCCCUUGAGUUGUCUCAUUAUUACAUAGGAGUCUGUGAGUUGUAAGAUUAUCCAUUUUUUUUUUUGGUAGGAUAUUUUAUUAGUUCAGAAAGAUCAAAGAAUGUCUUCAAAAAUUAUAGAUACCUUAUGGGGAGCCUUGGUGGCUCAGUUAAGCAUCUGACUCUUGAUAUCACUAGCCUCGGCGGGGCUCCACACUCCAUGCUGACUGUGCUUGCUUGGGAUUCUCUCCCCCUCUCUCUCUGUCCCUCCCCUGCUCAUGUGCUCUCUCUCUCUCAAGAAUAAAUAAAUUUUAAAAAUAUAGAAAUUUAAAAAAGAUAUCUUAGACUUUAAGUUUUAUAGAUCUUAACUUCAUACAUUUAUAUUUUAGCAUAUAGGAUUAAAUAUAUUUGACCAGUAAACACCUUAAUGAAUGUAACAAAUGCCCACAAAUUGAAUUCUUACAUCUAAAAUCACUUUUUUUUUGAGAGAGAGAGGGCGCUAGUGAGCAAGGGGCAAAGAGAGGGAGAGAGAGA